AUGCGAACAGAAGAUGUACAAUAUCUUCAAUUACUCGAAAGACUUCGUAAUGGACAUUGUAAUCGUGACGAUUAUGAAUUAUUAUUAACACGAGUUGUUGGACAACCAUCAGUAGGCUCUCUACGUGCUUCACCAUGGAAUAAAGCUCCGAUUCUUGUGUUCCGAAACGAAGUGCGAACACAAUUGAAUAAUAAGGCAGUAAUUUACAAAGCAAUAGAAAUGGGACAAAGACUCAUAGUAUGUGUCGCUCAAGAUACCAUCAAAGGCAAACAAAUUGAAGACCCAACACUCAUUAAAAAAUUGUUAGAAUUAUCUGAUAGUAAAACGGAGCAUUUGCCAGGUCUUUUACCUCUUGUUCCUGGAAUGCCUGUUAUUUUAACACAAAAUAUUGCUAUUGAACUGGGUCUUAUUAAUGGAAUGAAUGGAAUCUUUCGACAACUUGUUUAUGAAGAAGAGUCUGUAUCAACAGAAGUUCUUUCCGACACAUUUCCAAAUAACACACAAUACAUCCAUCGACCUUUAUAUGCAUUAGUUGAAAUUACCAAAUCGAAGAUAGAAUGUAAUCUUACAUCACUUCAAUCAAAUCUUGUCCCAAUACCGUUAAUGGAACAAACAUUUCAAAUUAAUAUUACCGAUGUUUUACCAAAAGAUAAGAGACCAAAAUCAAAUCGAAAGGCAACUUUAUCAAUAAAGCGGUGUGCAUUACCACUCGUACCUGCUUACUGUAUUACUACACAUAAAAGUCAAGGUCAAACUUUAAAUAAUGUUGUAAUUGAUUUGAAGCUACCCAAGGAAAAUGAUGAUAUUGCUGCAAUUUAUGUACCUUUGCCACGUGUAAAACGCUUGGCAGAUCUCGUCAUUUUACGACAUUUUGAUUACCAGGUUUUAUUGAUCAAACCAAAUUUACCUGCUCCUAUUGCUGAAUCAACUGAUGACUUAAUUGUUAAUCAAGGUGAUAGCAGGGUUAAUUUAGACGAUGGUAUCGAUAGUGAAAUAAUUACUCUUGUUAAUCAUUUAUCGAAUGAUGCGUCUUCAAUCAAUACACCAUUAACAUCAAAACCAUCUUCAGUUACCAUUCCAACUUCUACACAACAUUCUACAAUUCGGGCAGCCGCUUCAAAUGCUUGUCCAAUUGAAUUAAAAAAUGUAAAUGUCGAUAAUUCAAAACCAAUCACCAUUAUUGAAGCUUCAAAACUUUAUUCACAUGGUUCCACAACUGGACGUACAUGUAAUUGUCGAGGCAAAUGUGGAACAAAAACAUGCCCAUGCAAAAAAGAUAAUGUUCUUUGUUCUACUAAAUGUCAUUCAAAGAGAGAUUCGAAUACACUUGCAAUUAGUACAAUUACAGCUACAACAACUAAUGAUGAUUCUAGUUUAUUUUUAUCCAGUGAUCCUGAAGAUUUAGGUCAUGUGAGUGAUGAAGUUAAUUUUAAUGUCGAAAGUAAUGAAUUGACAGUGAUUAAUGCUCGACCUAACACCAAUACAAAUGGCUUCGGUUAUUAUGCAUUAAAUAAAUUAUCAAUUGAUAAUCAUUUGAAAUAUUCUCUAUUAACAAAUUAUUUUAAACCUGAUAGACAAUAUUCGUUUCCAACGUUAUAUUCAGAUGAUCAUAAACAUUCUCGUCGAUUCAUGAUCAAUUAG